GUCCCAGUGGUACUGUUUCGCCAGCCGCACCUUAGUCUACAGUCUGCCAUUGCAGGAUAUACUUUCCAUCACAUACCAAUAGUGCAAACGGUGCAGUAACCAGCUCCUGUGCUUUCAUGCCGAUUUGUACCAACUGCACACAUCCAAUCUCUCACUUAUACACGGUUUACCAGUCGAAAUAUAACCUCAGACUAGAACAAUGUAACAAGUGCCAAUCCUUCGCCGAUCCUUAUGUGGAAUUCGACCAUCUCCCGCUGAUACUCGACUUGAUACUACUCAAGAGAGAAGUGUACCGACACCUCCUGUACAACAGGGGAACAGAACCAAGACGAGCAUAUGAAGGGAAAAGCUCGAGCAGGAGUGGCGACACCACCCCAGAAACGAGCAACACGAGAGAUGCGCAGCUGAAACAUCAGGGUGAUUUAGAAAAAGAGCAUCAAAGGGAAAAGCUGAGGUGGCAGUUGAUCCUCCGCUUGGGAGGCGGACUCAUCCUCGUCGAUGCAUUUAUUCGAUGGGCACAUCUUGAUCCCGCAAUAUCGUCUGAUGUUUCACGGUGGACAAAUGACACUAGUAUAGCUUUCCUCCGCAUUUUCGUUGGAUGCCUGAUAGAAACGAUAGCUUUCCAUGGAGGCGUCAUGCUGGCUUCGUUCUUCGUAGUAACUUUCUUAGAUAGGAUUCGAUCCCGAACACAGACGUCGGGUGCUAUAUCUGGUAUUCGACAAGAGUUUAGGCUUUCUCUUAUACCUCUUACUAUCUUUUACUCUUCCUUGACGAAGCUUUUUCUCUUGUUCCUCUUGUCAAUAUGGCGCCCAUCUGGGGCGACGUUCGACCAAACUUCUGCUCAAAAUAUGCCUUAUAGGACACAUUUUGAUAAUCCUUUCAUUUCUGGUGCGUUGGAGAUAUGGGACGAAGACAAACUGGAUCGCGAAUGGGUUGUUAGGAAUGUGCUUGGGGGUAUGACGGCAGGAUUCGGGCUUCGGGUGGUCCUUGAUUGUCACCCAAUGUUUACAACUGUCGUGAUACUUGCUGGGUGGGCUGUCAAGACCGCAGUUGCUGAUUUAGUGAAGGAUUGGGUUGGCGGAGACAGGAAUUUCGGAGAAGUUUGGUUAGAGUAUAGCAUUCCAUAAUGCACCGGGUGACGGUGCCGCCAAACUUAUUAUUUUGUUCC